CUAGUCGUUGGGCACCGAACCUCUUGGUCAACGGGGCUGCGAGGCGCCGCGUUCUGCUUCGGAGUCAGAAUCCCUGAGGACUGGAAGGCCCGGGACGGGGGCGGAAGGGAUUCAUUCACCUUGAAAAGGGAGAUUGUGGUAUGAAGGAGGAUCAAGUUGUGCUGGAAGAACCAGGAUUCCAAGAUGAAGAAGAAUCUUUGUUUCAAGACAUCGACCUGUUACAAAAACAUGGGAUUAACGUGGCUGACAUUAAGAAACUGAAGUCAGUAGGCAUCUGUACCAUCAAAGGGAUACAAAUGACAACAAGAAGAGCCCUAUGCAAUGUCAAAGGGCUCUCAGAAGCAAAAGUGGACAAGAUUAAAGAGGCAGCCAACAAGCUUAUUGAACCAGGAUUCUUGACUGCAUUUGAGUAUAGUGAGAAGAGGAAGAUGGUUUUUCACAUCACCACUGGGAGCCAAGAAUUUGAUAAGUUGCUAGGAGGUGGAAUUGAAAGCAUGGCAAUCACAGAAGCUUUUGGAGAAUUUCGAACUGGAAAAACCCAACUCUCUCAUACCCUCUGUGUGACAGCUCAACUUCCAGGAGCAGGUGGCUACUCAGGAGGAAAGAUUAUCUUCAUUGAUACAGAAAAUACUUUCCGUCCGGAUCGCCUUCGGGACAUUGCUGAUCGCUUCAAUGUAGACCAUGAUGCAGUCCUGGACAAUGUACUUUAUGCACGUGCAUAUACUAGUGAACAUCAGAUGGAGCUACUUGAUUAUGUAGCAGCAAAGUUCCAUGAAGAAGCUGGCAUCUUCAAGCUAUUGAUCAUUGAUUCAAUAAUGGCACUUUUCCGAGUGGAUUUCAGUGGUCGUGGGGAAUUGGCUGAACGGCAGCAAAAACUGGCCCAGAUGUUGUCACGGCUCCAAAAAAUCUCAGAAGAAUAUAAUGUGGCUGUGUUUGUGACCAAUCAAAUGACUGCUGACCCAGGAGCAACUAUGACGUUUCAGGCAGACCCUAAAAAACCCGUCGGGGGACACAUUCUGGCUCAUGCUUCAACAACAAGAAUAAGUUUACGAAAGGGAAGAGGAGAACUGAGAAUUGCCAAGAUUUAUGACAGCCCUGAGAUGCCUGAAAAUGAAGCCACCUUCGCAAUAACUGCUGGAGGAAUUGGGGAUGCCAAGGAGUAGGUGGCAAAUUGAUGCAAAUUGGUUCUUAGUGCUUAUUAGCAGCUCAAGAAAUGGAAACGCAGUCUCAAAUUUCAGAUCCUGAAGUAAGAGUUCGUUUUUUUUUUUUUUUCACGUUAUUAAAGGAAAGUCAGCAAAAGAGAUUUAAAUCUUAUAUUUAUCUUAAAAGUCUCUGACUUAUAACUACACAUUAUGCAUAAAUAAACCUUUUGAAAACUAGUUGGGGAAGGGGUUCCUCACUUUAACUUUCCAAAGUGAGCCACUAAGCAGACAGAAAGUCUGAUUUCAGAAAUGUCCCAUUCUGCUGCAACUUCCCCACAAACACUUACAGAGGUGAAUACACUUACAAAGGAGGGAGACAUUUAAGGGAAGAAUAUUUAUAGGACAUACAAAAACCUUUUUAGUUAUGAUAUCAAACUGUACAUUCACAUUUAUACAACAGAAAAGAAACAUUAAAUUAAGCUAAAUUUUAAAUCAUUUGACUUUUUGACAAGUUGAAAUUAUUUUUUAAAAAUGUACCUCUGAGCCAUACAUAUUUUAUUGGGAAGAUGAAAAGGAAGGUAAUUAGGAAAUUCACAAAUUUUGGGUGGUCAAGAUAGCAUGACUUUUGUAUUUUAAGUUUGGGGUAAAGAAUUCAAAACCUUUUUUAAAAUAUUAAUGUUAAUUUAAAUGUAAGAUUUCUGGAUAAUUUUAGAAAUUUAUAAAAGAAUAUUGUUUUUCUAAUUGUUAAACAAAAAUAAAAUCUAGUUUUCAAAAUUUUUGUCUGAUAAAAAUAUUUUAAAAUUCAAAUACUAAAAAUAUUUACAAUGACAAUAUUCGUAGAUCUCAAAAAGAUUUAAUCUGUGUUGCAUUCACUUGUAUAAAAAUUCGAGUACUGAAAGUACCAUUUGUUACAAAAGCUAUUUGAUUAUCCAUUAAGUCAUUCACUCACCAAUUGUAUAUUGAAUGCUAAGUGCUAAAAAAUCUGCAAAGAAGUAUGGCUCCUAAAAAAAAAAAGAAGAAGAAGUAUGGCUCCUGCCC